AUGAUUAAUGAAGAAGAGCUAAGCUUGGAAUCCUUAAAAAAAUUAAAACAGUUAGAAGAAAAAUUAAAUGAAGAAAAUAAAAAGGAGAAUAAAAAAAAAAAGGAAGAAAAUUCAGUCAAUAAUUUUAUGCAGUUCAAAUCUUUAGAACAUUCCUUACCUUACCAAGUCAAGAAAAAAAUGAAAACAAUGAAAAUCAAAAAUCUGGAAGGACUCAAAAAAUUAACUGUUACUAAUAAAAAAAAGUAUUAUAUAAAAAUAUUGGAUCAUAAGGAAGUACAAAAAAGAAAGCACAAAAAGAAGUAUGACAAGAAGGCAUAA